AUCGGUCAGAUAUGGACAAAGCCGCUAUAUGUGGUGGAACAGACUCCAGGAGCUAUGUUCUGCCGUUGCAGCACAUGACUGGCGAAUGACAAGUCACCAUGUUCACCCAACAAUCGACUUCCAGCACUGUCAUACCAUGCGUGGUCGAUGGAGAAGCAGUCUCGCUGCCCGAAUCGCAGAACUUCGCUGUCGUUCAGGGGAAGACUGGUAAUGUCGUCCACUAUGCCCAAAGCGCCACUGCCGAGGUGGGCGUCAAAGCGGUCGAGGCGGCAGGAAAGGCGUUUCAGUCAUGGAAGCGAGUUCCAAUGACCAAGCGCCGUGAUAUUCUGCACCGCGCCGCAGAGAUCCUCGAACAAAAGGUGGCGGAGGCGACGGAGCGAUGUACCCUGGAGACGAGCUGUGAGGAUGGCUGGCCCAGGUUCGACUGUUCGCUGGCGGCCACCAUGAUUCGACAGAACGCCGCAACUGCAAUGGCCCUUGCAGGCCGAAUCCCUCCACCCGACGACCCUCUGAUUACGUCUCUGGUAUUCAAGGAGCCCGUGGGUGUGGUCAUGAUCAUCCCGCCAUGGAACGCCGUCAUGAUCAUGGCAUGCCGAGGAAUCAGUGCCGCCCUCGCCGCUGGCUGCACAGUUGUUCUGAAAGCGUCAGAGUUGUCGCCCUGGUCCCACCAGCUCAUCCUCGAGGUCUUCAAGGAAGCUGGACUGCCCAAUGGUGUACUCAACCAGAUUCAGUGCUCGCGGACGGACGCCCCGGCUGCUACCGAGGCAAUUAUCAGCCAUCCUUUGCUGCGGAAGAUUGAAUUCAUCGGAAGCCCUCACGUCGGGAAGAUCAUCGGCAGCGUUGCAGCCAAAUACCUGAAGCCCGUUUUGAUGGAACUGGGUGACCAGAGUCCUGCCAUCAUCCUGGAGGAUGCGGACCUGAAAGCGGCGGCGGAAAAAUGCGUGUUUGGAAUUAUCGCAAACCACGGCCAAGUCUGCUUCGGCACAGAAAGACUCUUGGUCCAAAACAAAGUCAAAGACGCCUUUGUGGAGGAACUCACCCAGGCCAUGAGGGCCACACCAUCGGGAGGAUCCGCUAUAACGGCCGAGAGUGCUCGUCGCGUGCACGACCUGAUCGCAGAGACGGUGGCCGAGGGCGCAGAGUUGCUCAUCGGGAAGAAUGAGAUGACGGGCCGCUCUUCUCUCGAGCCGACGAUUGUAACGAAGGUCAGAGCCGACUCGCGCAUCAACAGGGAGGAGACUUGGGGACCCGCAGCCUCCCUGUCCAGCUUCACUACGGACGACGAGGCCGUGGAAAUGGCAAAUGACACGGACUUUGGACUGUCAGCGUCGAUCUUCACAAAGGACUACGCCCGUGCGCUGCGCAUGGCUCGCGACUUGGACUUUGGCCAGGUCCAAGUCAAUGCGCACACGAUCCACGUGAACUCAACUGCUCCUGUCACCGGGUACAAGGGCUCGGGCUGGGGGAGCAACGGAGGAGGAUACGGGGUAGAGGAGUUCAUGUUCAACAAGCACGUCUGUCUGUGCCCGUGA